UAUUCAUUAAAACAGCAACGUUCUCAACAUGAAAGUAUUAUUUGCAACUCUUGUUGUGUUCAUAAGCCUGACGUUGACGAAAGGCAACAUUAUCGAUAUAGCUAUGCAAAUGAUAUGUAAGAUGAAUGUUGAGAAGCCUGAAAAAAUUAACGAGCUGAGAGAUUGUAUGGAUUCAAUUUUUAAAGAAAAAUCAGAUUUGCUUCCAGAUGCAAUUCGAGAAUGUGAUUUUGCAAAAUUUCCGUACCAGAAGUAUGAAGACUACGCGAAUGAAAUGUGCAAAGAAGAAAGAUAUGAUGAUCGUACAGGAUGUCCAGAAAUGCAUCGUUGAUAAAUUUGCAGCAGUUCACGAGGAUGUAGAAUCUAUACUCUCUGAAAUGAUUGACAAGUGUCUCUAAGGAGCCUCAACGGACCACUUAACAGCUGAUGAGGACCAGCAUCUACAUAUUACCUAUAAUAUAAUAAUUUGAAUCUGUCAUGGUUUCAUUCUUUUUGGGACAUGUUUAACUCUCUGAUACCUUUAUCUAGAAAAUAAAACUAUCAUAAAGCAACUA